AGUUGCAUUCGUGUAAUUACACCACGCCAUAUUUCUGUUCCGCGCGCUUUGCUACGGAAAAUGUCUGCUGGUUGCCAGUGCAUCCUCGGUCGGAGUGAACGGGAAUAACGUACGAGCGCGAUUCAACAGACCGGCUGCGGUAGCGUCGGGAUACGUUGCAUACCGUAUUGUGGACUACCGUGACUGUUCGUGCGUCGUUUGAGCUGCGCGCAGGAGCGAACGGAAAGGUUAUUGCUGGCACAUCAGAAUCGCGAUGUGCACGAACCCGCCACUGCCCGCCCGCCGCACAUCCCGGACCGUCGUAGAGCUGAAUCGUGCGGUCUGAGCGAUAUCCCGCUUACUUCGGCUCCCGGCUGCGGCCACCUCCCGCUCAACAUGAUGUCGGCGAAGCAAAACCCGACGAAUCGGACCAGCAUGACCGAACGUUGUCGGAUUUGUCUGGCCGACAACGGUUGUAUGAUCAGUCUACGCAACGAGCGCGUGGAGAGCAAGCUCAAGGAUCUGGUCAAGUGCACGUUCGUCGAUAUUAAGCAUGAGGAGAACUUGCCCGCCUUCGUAUGCCAUGUAUGCCUGUAUAAACUGAAUAUGUGGAGCGAGUUUAAAGAACGGUUCAUACAGUCCAACAAGAUCCUUCUGGGACAGUUGCAAGUAUCGGAAGUUUCCGAUGUCGAGAUUAAGAACCCCUCCAGAGAUGGGAGAAACACAGAUGGAAGUAUAAAAAGGAAACGCUUGAGCGAGAACAGCGAGAACGCUGUUCCCGAACAGAGUGACAAGAAAAAGUCGAAGACGGAAGCAACUUCCCCCGAAAUUGCGAACGUCGAACGCGUGGUUGGCGAAAAUACAUUAAACACGGUAUACAUAUCGGACGACGACGACGGCGACGAUAAGUCGACCUUGCCGAAAAAUUCUGAUAAGACGCUAAGUGCGGCCAACGAUAACAAGCCGAAGGAAAAUGGCGAUGAGCGAGUAGAGAGCAAGUCGUCCGUAGGGUUAACGAAAAGUCGACUGUUACCUGGGAAACGCGGCAGAGCUAUCGAGAGAAGGAAGGCGUCCACGAAACGUUGGGUGGCGAGGAAGAAGGCGCUCCUGGCGGCGACCGGAGAGAACGUCUCCGAUACUGACUCGAUAGCCUCCGACGAUGCGCAGAUGUCGCCUGUGCAGAAAGCCCGCGCCAAGACCAACGCGGACAAGGAAGCGGAACGGCAAAAGAGGAUCGCGAAGGUGCUGAAGAACCUGGAGAUGAAUUUAACGGAGAAGUACACCGUGCUUCGUGACGGCGAUCACAUCGUCGGCGACACGGAUUCCGAGACGCGCAAGACCCGGCUGAGCAAGGAACUGCACUCGAAGGAGGAGAAGAAUUUGCUCGACAAGCAGGGUAACGUCAGGAGGACCAGAUCCUCGUCGCAGGAGCAGAAAGAGAACACGCCGAUGACGAACGACGUUGCGGAAGCCGGUCGCGCGAAGAAGCCGCUGCCCGACGACGGAGCGUUCACCCCGCGUCUGAUCAAGUCCGAGCUGAUGAUCGGUAACGACAGGUACAUCGUGACGUCGACGUUGAUUCGCACGGGAACGUCGCGCCUGAGCAAAGAAGGCUUGAACAAUGUAGCCAAGGACGGCAAGAACCCGAGCGCCGACGACGGCGUGCAGGAGAAGAACACCGACAUUAUCGACGCGGUCCAGCUGCGCCGGGUGCAUCCCGCUUCGACGAAUUCGAAGAGCAAGAAGUUCGAGAGAUGCUUGAACGUCGACGUGGAGACCACGGAAUUGGAGUCGCUGAAGCGCGUGCAGGUCGAACUUGCGGGCUUCGUUGAGCACGAAAUCAAGCAGAAGCUGUUCGGCACGAACGACAGCCCCAGGAAGGUCAAGCGGACGGAUAACUCUUACGGGAAGGCUUAUCGCAAGCUCGACCAGCAAUUGAAGGGUAUAGUAGGGAAAACUAUAAUAAGCAACGUCGAGGCCUCCUUGAUGAGAGGUAUAGUCACGCCUAUCAAGCAGCUUCAUCAGCAAUCGGUUUCGUCCGAGUUCAUCGAGAUCGCGAAGAACUCGCCCGUGUAUCAGCCGAUAGUGAUCGUCGAGCGUUUGAACAUCGAGAGAGAGGUCAAGCUUCGGAGAACGAAUCCUUACGUUUACGCUCUGAAGCAGGCUAUAUCGAGGAACAAAGCAGCCGGGCCGUUCAGCGCGAUAUCGCGCAAGCGACAGAGCGUGCCUCCGAAGAGGUACCUCGAUUUCAACACUUCUGCCCUGGACUCCGACUCCGACGAUAUGGACGAGAUGGUCAGGCAGAGGUCACCCAAGACAACGAACGCGCCGAAUCUGAGAACUUACGCGAACAUAGCGGCCAAGCAGUCGGCGAACAAUCAGACGCCCAUAAUCAAGCGAAUGGACGGCUCGGUCGUUAAAGCCGCGGACAACAACAGCGUAGCCGUGUCGGUCUACAACGUCGAGCAGAAUAUCACGGCGCACGAGGAGAAGCCGGAUUACGAAGAGGCUAUUAAGAUAGAGGAGGCUAUAGCGGAGAAUCACAUAUGCGGGGUGUGCGGCGUCUCGUUCGACAGCCGGAGGGAGGUCGAGGAGCACGUGCGAACUCACAAGACGUCGGGCACGGAGAACAACACGAUCACCGUGACACGGCAGCUGCAGAAGCCGAAGGUGAAGCGUUGCAAGAGAUGUCAGACCCUGGUGGACGCCCGUUACGUCAAGGCGCACGUCUGCUCGUCGACGCCGCUCUCGCACAAGUGCUACGUCUGCAACUCGACGUUCCGCACGGAGAAACUGCUCGUCCGCCACCUGGACAGUCAUGAUCACUCGGAAUUCACGAUAGAGAACAUCACGAAGCUCGAGAGCAUGAAGGCGAGCCUGUCCGCGAAAUCGGACAAGGAACAGGAACCGAGGAGCGAGGCGAAGAGUAUCUCAACGGAGAACAACGACGUCCAGCCGGACAAGACGACCAGGAUGGGCACGAAGCUGAUCGACGACACCCAGGAGAAGCCCAAGAAAGCUUAUACCUGUUUCGUGUGCGACAAGAUCUUCACGGACGAGGAGGUGCUGAAGGACCACUUGCAGAAACACUGCGACGACGUAAGCGAGGGCGAGCAGAGCAACAGCAAGGAGCAGUACCAGUGCGCCAUCUGCGGCAACACCCUGGAGUCGGACCAGGCGCUGGAGGAGCACGUCGGGAAGCACCUGUUCGACGACGAGGACGACAAUCCUAAUCUGAUCAGCAUCAGGGAGCAGGAGGACAUUCAGUCGAAGAUGUACCAGUGCGGCCAAUGCUCGGAGGUAUUCGACUCGGACAUAUUGCUGGAGAUGCACGUGCAGGAACACGAGGAGGAAGUCGCGAUAGCGGAGUGGGAGAAGAAGAGGGUAGACACUUGCCCGUACGAGUGUAUGCUCUGUGGCGAAUACAUCGACACGGAGGAGGAGCUGGCCGAACACUUGGACACGAUGCACAACAUACGCAACGCUGACGCGUACGUGUGCCAGUUGUGCGACCAGCCGUUCGGCACGCUCGAGGAGCUUCAGGAACACGUGGCUAUCCACUGAUGUACGAUUCUACUAUAAAUUCUCUUUAUUUCGAAUUAUUCAUAUAUAUAUAUAUAUAAAAGGGAGAUCACAAAAGAGGGACGUCUCUCGAACGCACGACGAUAUGACGAUUAUAAAUAUAGUUUGUGGCCGAGACAUUUUCACAUUUGUAAUUUAUGCGACAAGAUCUGCCAAGUAGCGACGCGUAAAGUAAAUUUUGUCCCUUCGACGAAGCUCCCCGUUUAACGUACCUCGUACGUUCGGCGAAAUCGUAAUAUGAUUUGUGGAAAAAAUAAAUUGAUGGAAUUUACCCUUUUUUUUUUUCUUUUUUUUGCUGCUUGCGCGCGAGAUGUUCGUGAAGAUAUAAUAUAAUUUAUAAAAUGCAGAUUGUGUACACGUCAUAUAUCAUUAACUGUAUCUCGAAUCUAACUUCCGCAAAUUAUAAAGACCAUACCGUUUAUACAGGGUGUCGGGCACAACGCGUGCCUUGUGUACAGGUAGAGCCUAUUGUAGAAAAAAAAAACUGAGCGGAAAAGUUCUUCAUUGCUUAUAAUUACGAUAAUUAAUAGAAUAUUUAAAGAAUGUUGGCGCGAAAAGCAAUAGAACGAGCUCUGUGAGACUCAAAAUGUUUCAGCUUUUUUGCCCAGGGAUUUUCAACGUGCACACUUAGGGCCGAUUUCACAACCUACGGUUAACUUAAUCCGCUAAUUACUCCAUUGAAAUUGAUCAAUCGCAUUUGUUGAAUAGAAUUGAUCAGAACUAUAACUAACCACGGUUAGUGAUACUUAACCGGUCCGGUUAAGUUAAUCGGAGGUUUCGAAACAUGCUUUUAGUCAGAUAUUUUUUAAAUAAUUUGUGUUAUUUGUAUAUAAUUCAUUGGUCAUUGCGUAUCUUUAGAUAGUAAAGAACUUUUUCGUUCAGUUUAACGAGUUCUAUCCGCACAUGAGCGAAUGUACGCGUCGUGUUAGAUACGUGUAUUGUAUAUCGUGUUUCAGACGACGUGAAAAAUUUAUUUUUAUUCUCUUUAAUUUUAUUCACUUUAAUGUUAUUUUAAAUAUGCUAAUAGUGAAGCUGUGUUAAAUAUAUUAUAAAGAUUGCAACCGCUAUUAAAAUAAAUAUUGAAAGAUUUGUACCGUGAGACAUGUAAUUUGCAAUACACACACACACACACACACACACACACACACACACACACACACACACACACACACACAUAUAUAUAUAUAUAUAUAUAUAUUAUAUAUUUAUGUAUGUAUGUAUGUACGUAUGUAUAGAAAUGUGUAGAAAGGGGGAAAGGAUGAUAACAUGCAGAAAAUAACUUUUAUGUAAGAUAGACGCUCGUAUUACUUUGCUGAAAAAAAAGCAUUGUUCUUAUGUUUUGCAUCAAGAUGAUGCAUAAGUAAUAAAUGUAAAUAUAUUAUGUAGAAUGCAGAUUUGUGUUUAAGUCUCUCAUUAAAUGUCACAUAAAAUAUGAUACUUGUAUGAUAUAUCUAACUAGUUAUCCAACAAAAUUAGAUAUAUUAUACCAUUAUUGCAUGUAAUAUUACUCAUAAAUGUCAGCGAUUUUAGUUGUAUAUCUAUAUGUGCAGGGCUCCCAUAAAUUUUCCCAAAAAGUUUUUUUUUUUUUUUUGGAACUCUAAGACGGACAUCUCUUUCCACCAGAAAAUAUAUUGAUUUCUUCAGACAUACAUCACAUACAUAAUCAACGGAAAUUUUAAUCUAUUCGGAAAAAUGUGUGCAUCGUGCAUUUUCUCAUGCAUGAGUAUUUCUAUUUACUGGCAAAGAGAAAGAAUUUUAGUGCUCCAAGAAAAUUGCAGAAAUUCAUAGGUCUUAAAAACGUGCCGACCUUAAACCUACAUUACACCCAAUCUAAUCUAUGAUAUACCGAUGAAGAGUUGUUUUGUCUCAAGCUAAUCUCUGUGUCACUUGAAAUAUAAUUAUAAAGAUAUUAUAAUGCUAUAUACUUGAUAUACUUGAAGUUUGUCAAACACAAACAAUAGUGUUAUAUAUGUGGUUUAAACGAAUAACAAUUUAUAAAAUACUAUGUUAAGUGAAUUAUAUAUAAUUAUACUUUUUUUUUAAUUAACCACAUAGUCACCACAUAAUGAUUAGUAUAAUGAACAUGUAUAAAAUCCAGAUAAAGCUUUUCUUUAUGUAAAAUGUAAGUAGUUUUCAUUUCUAAAGCGCUUACAGAACUUUUAAAUUUUGUCUCGGACAAUUGAUAUGUCAGCAUAAUAUAUUACACGUGUGAGACUUAACUGUUAAUAUCUCUUUUUUUUUUUUUUUUAGUUUAUUUAGAAGUGAUAAGAGAAAGAAAGAGAGAUAUAUUGUCGUUAUUUUUGUACGUGGAACGAAACGGAAAAUUAUGUUGAUUGACAUGAUACGGUAAAUCUAAAAGACGUCUUAUGUAUAAGUAUCAUUUAUUAGACAUACAUAAUGAACUUUAUACACAAGCUAGAAUCUACUUAACAACUGUAUGGAGUCGUGAAUACUUCACAAAAUCAAUUUGAAGGACUAAUAAAUGAAUGAUUAUAAAAAUCAGUCAGACUGAAUUGAAAAUUCCGCUAUACUCUACGAUAUUUACAUAAAUACUGUGUACAUAGACACAAUGUAUUCGUAAUGAAUACCUUGCUUUCUCUUUUCAAUGCGUAUUAUAAUAAUCGUAAAUCAAACAUUCUUGUGAUUGCAGUUAGAUAAAGUAGAAAUAUCUUUUUUUUUUUUUAGAUAAAUUAGGACUUCUGGGAACAAAUGUGUAAACUAUGAAUUGUUUCUUCUUACAUGAAGGUUCAUGCUAUAUAGCUGCAAUUUUAUGUAUUUAUAAUUUCAGAGAGAAAUUAAUUUCACUUGAUACACAUUUGCGACAUUUCCACUCGAUAAAUGUUACACUUAUUCAAGUAUAAUAACGGCUUUAAUAGGAGAUAUUUCCAUAUAUUUUUCUUUUUCUCAAGUAUUAUAUAGCAAGUUCGAAAUAUACAAGAAUUGUUCUCGACUAAAUAAAAACUAGAGCUCGACUUAUUUUUUCUCAGAAACGAUUUCUUAAUAUUAUCGAACCUAUGUAAAAACAAAUUAUGUACAUAACGUAUUUUAGAUGUGAAAAUAUUCUUUCGAUACAACGUAACAUUGAUAAUUUAAACUUUUAUCGCCUAAGUAUCUCUCGUGGCAAAUCAUCAAUUUCUUCUGUCAAAUCAUCAUCAUCAACUAUAAAGUCCCAUUGAUAAAUAGAACAUUUCUAUCGCCUUGCUCCUGGGUCCCGAAUUUUUUUAUUUCCGUAUAUUAACUUUAUAUAUGCAAUUUAAAGUCUCGUGUCGUUUAUGUGUGCUCUCACAUGCUCCGAAUAUUUUAACACUUGAAAUUUAUUAAACGACCAUAAUAACUUCACAUAUUGCUAUGUUCUUAUAUUCUAUUAUGUACAAUGACACCAUUCAGAUAGACAUUAGUUGCUUUAAUAGUACUUUUCUUUUAAUAACAAUAAAUUAAAUAGAACUCUCGUCGCAGCAGCCAAAAAAGAUCCUUAGUUAUAACAAUGGUAAUGAGUCGUAAAUCGCAUGAUUGUACAAUAUUCCGAUGUCUAAACUCGUUAUAUACGCGCGACACACGUUGUAUCCAUGUUUAUCCACUGAGACUAACUAGCGCGGGGAGG